CGGCGCGGCCCCGGAGCGUACCAUGUGCGCCCGGCGGCGGGAGGCGGCGGAGGGGCCACGACGGCGGCGGCUGCUGCUGCCCUGCUAGCUCCGCCACGGCGGGCCCGGCGACCAGGAGCCGCUGCGUCAAUGUUGCUGAAAAGUGCCUUUCCUGAAGCCACCGCUGCUUGGAUUUCUGUCUAGGGCUGCCUCUCUCUGCCCCUCGCCCCCCUCUCUUUUUAAUUCGGCGUUGCUUGCGGUUCGUGCCCUGACGGCAACUCCUCCAGCCUUGCCCUUUUUUUUUUUUUGCUCCCCAUUUACACGCAGUUUGCUCAGCCAUUUUAUUUUUUAUUUCCUUCCCCCGAGUAUGUAGCAAAUAUUUAAAAGAAAAGAAAGAGCGAAAAAAAGAGACGUCCUUUUGCCUGUUUUGAUGCUCGUGAACCGUAAUUUUUAGAAGCAAGAAAUAGAAGGAAAAAAAAAAACCCCGAAGUUUUCUCCCCAAGGACUGAGACCAUUCCACAAACUGAAGUGCUGCCAGCAGCAUAUGCUUUUUGCAAGAAUAAUUGAAACCAUUAACUGGAGAGCACAGAAUUCUUUUGAAAGUCUGCCAGUUAUUUGCAAGUAACUUCGGCAGUGGCACAAAAUAUAACACUUAUAUUUUAACUUCUACAAUUGCACUUUUAGGAGCUGGCCUCUAAUUUGAUUUUCAGUUGUUCUGAUAAGAUUUCUAUUUUAUGAUUGGCUUUAUGUUUAAUUCUUGUUUAAACAAACACGAUUUGACUUAAAUGAAAACCUAAGUGCUGAUGAAUAGGAGUUCUACCAAAGCAACAAGUUAGUUAUUUCUUCACAUUUAACUUGAAUUCACUUUUUUACCCUUUUUUUAAAAAAAAAAGAAGAAAAAAAAGAUCAGCAGUAAAUACUGCCCUGAAGAAGGGUGCGAUUGCUUGCAUUUUAAUUUUUGUUUUUUAAUAUGGCUGUAAACGUUUCCCUGGUUCGUGAUACAAAAUGGCUGACGUUGGAAGUGUGUCGAGAGUUUCAGAGAGGUACUUGUUCUCGGUCUGAUGCAGAGUGCAAGUUCGCCCAUCCGUCACGGAGUUGCCAUGUGGAAAAUGGUCGAGUUAUUGCCUGCUUUGACUCCCUAAAGGGCCGGUGUACCCGAGAGAACUGCAAAUACCUUCACCCUCCCCCGCACUUAAAAACGCAACUUGAAAUAAAUGGACGCAACAACCUGAUCCAGCAGAAGACAGCCGCAGCCAUGUUUGCUCAGCAGAUGCAGUUCAUGCUACCAGGCGCGCAGCUACAGCCAAUUACAACGUUUCCUGUGACUCCAUCGCUUGCAACAAGCCCCACAAUGGCUUUUAGUCCCUACCUGAGUCAUGUUUCUCCUGGGAUGGGCUUGGUUCCUGCAGAGCUUUUACCAAAUACUCCUGUCUUGGUUUCUGGAAAUCCUACUGUUACAGUACCAGGAGGCUCUGCUGGGCAGAAACUGAUGCGUACGGAUAAACUGGAGGUUUGUCGAGAGUUUCAGCGUGGAAAUUGCACACGUGGUGAGAAUGAUUGCCGCUAUGCUCACCCUAUAGAUAUUGCAAUGAUAGACACAAAUGAAAAUACUGUUACAGUUUGCAUGGAUUACAUCAAAGGUCGAUGCUCUAGGGAGAAAUGCAAGUACUUUCAUCCCCCUGCACACCUGCAAGCCAAAAUCAAGGCAGCUCAACACCAGGUGAACCAGACAGCUGCAGCUGCAAUGGCCCUGCCGCCUGGUGCACUUCAACCUUUACCAAAGAGGCCAGCACUUGAAAAAAACAAUGGUGCCACCACAGUCUUUAACCCAAGCGUUUUCCACUACCAACAGGCUCUAGCCAACAUGCAGUUGCAACAGCCUACAUUCAUCCCUACAGGGUCAGUUCUGUGCAUGACACCCACUGCAAGCGUUGUGCCCAUGAUGCACGGUGCUACGCCCACCACUGUGUCUGCAGCAACAACUCCUGCCACCAGCGUCCCCUUCGCUGCAACAGCUACCGCCAAUCAGAUAUCCCAGUUAUCAGUAGAUGAACUGAGUAGCAGCAUGUUUGUUUCACAGAUGUAGAAGUUCCCAGUAGAACACAGACCAUGUUGAAAUUCUGAACAGUAAAAUUAUGGAGCACCAGGACUUCUUGGUGGGAAGCUGCGCAUGGCCUUUCUGUAUAUACCCCCUCUUCCCUCUAUCGUUCUCUACCACCUCUACAGUAAGCCUGUUGCAGCCUACAUGUUAACCAAAAACUGAUCAAUGGGAAUGUCAAAAAAAAAAAAAAAAAAGCACUAUAGAAACAAUUAACAAACAGCGCUCUGUUAUAUGAGAUAUACAAGUAGAAAAUUAUAAUAGACUUUUAUAACACAUUACUUUAACACACUUAAUCAUUUUAUGACUACCAUCCUGAUAAGUGCAUCUGCACAGCGGACUGUUGGUUUACUGUAUACUAUCGAUGGAUAAAUGUUCGUCUUGUUUUUAAAGUGUUAUCUUACUGUUUUGUUUACAUCAUAGUCUAUUGAUUUGUUUUAAAGUGUACAUCAUUAUCAAGUAUACUCAAUACCAUUUUUUCAUUAUUGUUAUGUCUUAAGUUUUCAUAUACUGUAGGUUUUAUGGGUUUUUGUUUGUUUUUUACUAAAAAUGUUAUUGUGGGAAACAGGAAUUAUGUGCUUGAAAAACACGACACAGGAAUGUUCUGCCCUUUGCGGGAUUUUGCUGUUAACGUCAGCUAAAGUUGCUUGUGUUAAAUGCUUCUUUUAUCAUUUAAAAUUUGCCUUCAGAUAGUCUCCAAAUUUUUAGUACAAGUGAUAUGAAAGGACAGCUGUCAUUUUAAUCCAGUUCAGGGUAUUUCUUUCAAUACAAUUAGCUAAUUCUGGAAACUUUUGGGAAAAAAAACCACAAAAAGCCCAGGCUCAGUACGGGGACAGGAACGAUUUGCUCAGACAGUUGUAAGCAUCAAGGGACUUCUGCAGUUCUGUUGUCCAUUGAAGUGCAUUCUCAGCUGCAAAUGGCGCACAAUCUCUCUUGCUGUUCUCAUGGUGCAGUCAAAACAGGAAAAGAAAGGGUGGUGAAGUGAGAGUGAGACAGCUUCAGCUGGGCAAAGGCCCUCACUGCAUUGGAGAGGAGCGAAUGCCAACCAUUAGCUGGAGUGGGCAAUACCGUGCCCAGGGGCUUGUCUCCACUAAGCAUGCCGAAACAUUUUGGCCUGAAAUCUUAUGUGAUUCUUCUUGAAAUUUUGUCAGCGUGCACCAAUUAUUUAAUCACCAUUUUCCAUAACUGUGUUAAUUUUUUUACCCCGUGAUCUCUGGCCCUUUAAAGCAAACACAGCCGUAACAACGCAGGAGAAAGCUCAGCAUAAGCUUUCCACCACAGAUGAACAUUCAUCUUACCAGAGCUCCUGUAGGUCAGUGGAUUUAUUUUGGCACCUUCUACUUGAUCAAGAGCAAUGUUUGCCGUACAACAAGGGCUAGUUCUCAAUACCUCCUUUUCAUACGCACGAAUAAAACGAUUUCCAGCCCAUGCACCCUGGACAGCCCAGCCUGUCGUUAUGCUGCGUUGCUGAACAAUCUGGCUGCAGAAUGCGUUUUGGUUGAGGAUACAGCAAAUUCAUCCCUGUCAUAGCUCUACAGUAUCAUUGGCAUUAUGGAAGAGAUGGAUUUGCUGCUGUAAAUCCACAAACUCCAUACAAAGAGGAAGAGUCAUUACUGAAAUCAAGCAAGAAGCCAGCUCCCAGCGCCCAGAGGACUGGCCGCUCUGAGCUCACAGUGGUCCUGUAGGGUGCCAAAUUCUGACAACCAGGUUUUCGUUUCUUUUCCAAGUUCCUUGGCCUUGAUUAGAGACUUUUCUUGCCCCCUCUCCCACCAGUGUGAGCAUAGAUAGUUUGCUAGAUGCGUGUCUCCAGGGACCACAAGUGAUGGAGGGAGAUCUAGGGCACAGCCGGUGCAUCCCAGAGCAGGCUCUGACCGCCUGCCUGUGGAGACUCAUUCACAGCAAGAAUGUUUGAAGAGCCCAGCUGAAAAAGGCCUUGAGCCAGAAGGAAUCUCUCCAUUCAUUUCGGCAGGCUUUGAACCAAACCCUGAGAGAGGGGAAAAAACAUCCCCACCCUCCCAAGACCCUCGUUUAUGAACCCCGUGUUUUGACAGUCGCUUGUGUCCAGAGACGCUCCCCCGCCGUCGGCGUUCACAAGCAGCAGCGUUGCCUGAAAUCAGUGACUCUCAUUUAUAUUGGCGACCGCAUACCUGUUCUUUUCACCACUGAGUUUCUGUUUCCCAAAACCAUAACAUUGUUAGUGGAAAAAGUGGAUUUGAGUACUUCCUGUUUGAAAUUAUUUGUGUAUCAAAAAUGGGUUUUGCACAACCUGUGCCAGUGCCUCAACAAAGAACAGAGCUGAUCUUCUUAAGCCAGAAAGGAUGCAUUCAAGCUUGUAUGGCUUUAUGAGUUCAAGGAGGUUGGAAUUUUUUCAGUGCUAAAUGGAUUUUUGUAUAUCUUGACACUUUGAUGUAACCUCCUGUUUUAUUUAUCGACUUAAACGUCUGGCAUAGAUGUGCAUAGAAUGUAAACGUAGAAUACAGCUGUUUUCAUGUCACUUAAAGCACUGAAAAAAAAAAAAGCGUUUAAGGAUUAUUUUUAUUAAAGAGGUCCAAUGAGGGAUGUUCAGGGUAGUUAUAUUAGGUGCCACAACAGUUUUUAUAUUGCUGGCAAAUUUAGAGUUAAUUUGUAAAUGAGUUUAAGGAAAGAAAAGCUUGAAGCACUAAACUUCACCAAAUUCAAAACAAUCUCGGCAAAAAUGCCAUUUUGAGGUAGCACUAUUUAAACUAGUUGUGCAAUGACUUGCUCUAAUUUUCUUUGUUCAAGAAAGAAAAGAAAAAAAAAAACCAGUCGCCAGACUAUAAAUUUCCUAAAUAGACUAUUACAAAGUCACCGAGCUAGUUAGUGACUCUAAACAAAUGUCAUAAAAGCAUGAAUAUCAUCCUUUAUUUGACAAGAGAUGUAUGUAAGUUUGUUUAAAUCAAUAUAAUUUUAGUGACAUUUUUAUAAGCUUCCCACUUUCCAUGAACCUAUAUUUUUUAUUUAUCCAAAGUUAUUUCUCUUUGUCCAUUUCUCUCAGCCUUAUGCAAACAAUAUGCAAGAAAUGCUGAAACUUGGAUAAAACGGGUCAUGCAGAAGGAAAAUGAAAGCUGAGAUUGAUCAUUUUCACGAAAAAAGGUUGUUAGUAGUUUCAAUAAAAAGUACUACUACUAAACUGUAACAUAAGCAGACAAUAAAAGAGGGAUUUAAAAUAAAAUGGAUUCAUAAAACUAUUAAGAUUAUUUUUGUUAAAUACAGUGUUUUUAGUAAUUUGGAACAUGAUUUCACAAUCAGCCGUGUUUUUUAGUUGGAAAUUUCUAGCUGAUGAUUUUUGACUGUGUAUUUUUGCAUCGCGAUGUUCUAGAAACUGUUACCUCCCUGGCCAGCCUGCGCCGGCCCCCUUCCCAAACCCCCCGAAGCGCUUUUCCUCUCCGCCCUCCAUCCUUGCCGUCUUGCACCACCCCCGGAGCGUUCCCGAACGGCGGCACCGCCGGGCUGGCCGGCAGCCGCAGCCACGCCGGCGCUCCGGGUUCCCGCGGUGGGGUGCUCCUGGCGCGCCGGUGGCGGCGGACGUCGUGCCGGAGCUGGGCCGCUACCGUCGAGGCGGCGAUGGAGGUGGCGCGUGUCCCGUGGGCGCAGCUGGCCGGAGGAGGAGACGCGUGCGCCGGGCGGGACGUCUGCUCCCCCACCUCGCGGGCCGCUGGCUGGCACGGUAGCGUAGCUCUAGGACACGCGGGUACACAAUGAUUGAGAAACUGGAGUCCUCGUUUUGUUUAUCCCUUGUACAUUUCACAGACAUGAAAAUUGAAAAAGGUGAAAUUUAUGAGGAAAAUCUAAUUUCCCAUUCCUGUUGAAUGGAUUUAGUUUGAUAUUGACCUGAUUUUACCAUGUGCCUGUUGAAGGCCUUAGAGUAUAUACUGUAUGUUAAAGACUGUAAUAACUUUAAAAAAAAAAAAAAAUAGUUGAUAGCCUAAUCCAAAUGUAAAUAGAGCUACCACACAUUGUUACUAGGCUACAACGCAUUAAUUCAUGUCAUAUAUUUUCAUUUCUCUACCAUUAGUUUUUAAGGUUUUCAUUAUUGCUUUUUUGAUAUCUUUAGUAACUAAUGAAUUUAAUUUUGAAGGAGAGUUAGAGAAAGUUUAAAAUUUUUAAUACAUGUAUUCAGCCCAUUUAGUUAUAUUCUAAACCAACACUGAAGCAUGGUAAGGUAUAGAAUACAGUCCAUAACUAGUUUGUAUAGUUUACAGUUUAAGAACAAAAUUAACUUUGUAUGUAACUCCUACAAUGAUAGAUUCAUUGUUAACUAAUUAUAUUAAGUUGUUGUUGCUAUGGCAACAAAACUACAACAUGGCUACCUUUGUAUACAUUAUUUGUGAAAUUUUCACAUGUAAAUUAAAAGUGAUGUGUAACAGUAUGAGCUUGUUAAAGGUACAGUUCAAUACUGUCAGAUAAAGAUAUGAUUGAAUAUUUUUAAAAUCCCAAAGUCCCAUGUGAACGCUGAAUUUGUGUCUUUAAGGUCACUUUUUCAGUCAAGAAGUUUACAACACAUGGAUUUAGAGUCAGGUUUUAUAGCUUGUAGAAAUUGUUGUGUGGCAAGGGUUAUUCCACAGUAUUUUCACUUCGAAAACACAACAGCCUGUAUUUACGACGUAGUGACCGGUCUUGCUUUCGUUUCACGUUCAUUCACACGGUGGGAAUUCAGAAUUAAUCCGUUUCAGUACUGUAGCUCUGCCUGCAAUUUUGUUUUCUCCAGAAGUUGAGUACUCACGCGAUUACGUUACGAUCAGGGCUAAAUAAUUAAGCAUAUAACUAUUUUAAUACUAAUUUAUAUUAGCAAAAACUGUACAUAAGAAAAAAAAUAUUGUGGAAUGACCCCGUAACAGUGUUGAAGAUACAAAUAUGCUGCAGUUAAACUGAUUCAGUUAGUGUACGAAUGUGUGAGACACACCUUUUUUGCACUUAUGUACAUAGUCCACGAAAGAAAUCCUUGGAACUUAUUUUGAAUAUAAAAAGUCUGUAAUAAUACAGGAAAAGUUUGUAAAAGAGAUAGGUAUUACUAAGGCUUUGAAAAGGAGGAGUUUUUUGCUAUAAAACUUAUCUGAAAGCAUGAUGUUGCUUUGCUGUUGUAAAAGCUUUGUAGUUUGCCAUAGCUUAUUAUACAGCAGACUGAUAACAGGUCAGCUCCAACCUGCAGCACAGAGAAAUGGGAAACAGUGCUUAAUUAAUUAGUAAGGUCACUAGCAAAGAUUUGAAUUACUUUUUUGCUUUUUUUAAUCGGCCUACAUUUUUAAACACACCCCCUAGGUUGCGUUUCUGAUAGGCUGUGUUCUCGUUGAAUCCUGUUGGGACUGAUAGGUCUGUGGUGGCGUACACACAUUUUUCCUACCACCUAAUCCUAUUUCUAGCUGGAAGUGUUUGUCUGGUGGAGGUGACUGUCAUUGCAGUGAGUGUUUUAAAUCCCAGAGGGAAAUCAAAAUGUCACAGCUUGCUGAGUUUUAAAUUUUUUUUUUUUUUUUAACCGUUUUGGGGCAGAGUAACAAAAUGGAAGGGACUGCUGAGCUGUGGAUGGAUGGGGGUGGUUUCGGGUUGUCUUGGGCUGUUUCCUCCGCUGUACAACAGCCGCGGCGUUCGCUUGAGAGCGCCACGUGGCCGCGUGGCUGCGUGGCUGUCCUGGGGCUCCUGCUAGGGGUUAACAGGCCCCGUAGGGUGGCCACCGAAGGAGGGCGCAGCCGUGGCCCCCGGCCCGCUGAGCAGCCUCUUGGCUCCCUUCGCACUGCGGUGGUGGUGCUGCCAGGCCCCCGCACGCCGCGGAGAUUUUGGAGACGCUGAAGCGCCUGUGUUGACCCAUUUAUUUCUGAUUAAAACCAGUAUUCUUUUUGCGAAAGUCAAGCCCCAGAUUUGCUUCAGAAAGGUCGCUUGUUUUGCCGUGAGGCUGGUCCUGGCUCAAGUGAUGAGUCGAGCACCCCAGAGCAGAACCGGUGGGUGGUGGCACCCGAUGCCACCUCCCGUUCCUGCCCGUUCCAGGGUUGGGGGCUGUGGCGUCACUGCCAAGCACGAGAUCUGCUCUUCGGCCGCCACCGCUGGCGUCUCGGAGGUUUCCCACUCCUCGCGACGGCAGCGAUGCCCAGCGGCCCACGUUGCACCGCGGGGUGUGUUCAAGCAGGUGGCUUGCUGAAUCAGAGCCGCAGCGUCGUGCCGUCCCAGGGCCUUCAAAACGGGGAAAAAAUCAGGUGCUGCCUCUUUACAUGGGUGUUGUAACCACCUAGAUUUUAAUACAAAAUAACCAGCUAACCCUAGCCACCGUGCUAUUAAGGCUUCCCUUUGCCGUAAUCAAUUUUGGUAAUCAAGCGCUUUCUCAUUUCUAGGAUUAUGAGAGAAAAAUAUUUUGCACUAUGUGAAAUGCAUCGUAGCUGGUCAAACUUCUUUUCCUUGGGGUACGAGCAUGAUUGUGACAACACUGCUGAAAUCUUUGCUAGUGAUCUUUACUGACAUCCUCUAUCAUCAAAAAUAACUCCGUAUGCCUCUCAAACGAGAUAUUUAAACAUGCAAAAAUAACACAACUACUAAAUAAAACGAAGUUAUUUUUCCAAACACACAACAGAGAGAAUUACCUGACACCGAAUUACAAGGUUCCAGUUCUUUAUUACUGUACACAGAUGCUAUUUGAUAGUGGUGGAAGCCAAAUGAUUUUGUUGCCAUGGCUUUUGUAUCCUAGCAGAUGAGGGGAUGAUAAGACCAUUCUUAGAUUGGAUUAUGGGAUUUUUUUUUCUUUCCAGUUAGCUUUGUUUUAAUUAUUUUUUUUUUUAAAUCAUUAAAACAAACUGAGACUCCCCACACUCUAUUGUAUCACCUGACAACAGAUCACUAUUUUUUUUUUAUAAAUAGAGACUUGUAUUUUAGGCAAUCACUAAAAUCAAAGAGAGAAUGUUCUCCUAAAUUGUAAAUCUUUAAUUUAAAUAUAUAAAAACAUUUAUACUGUACUGUGUAAAGUAGAUCUUUGAAGCACAUUCUUUUCAUAGGCAUUUCUGGCAAAACAAAGUAAGGGAAACAUUAGAUAACAAUUUAAUGGUAUAGUUUAGAAAAUACAUACAAACGAUUACGGUUAGCCCUGUGGAAUUCUAAGAAAUUAAAGUAUCAUUGGAUCCAGACAGGCGUAGGCUAAUGUAGUAUUUCAGUUCCAUAACACGAUAGUUCAUUCCCUCAACUGCUACCAACAGGGUGUACGCUUUGAAUUUAUUUUUCUUUUUGCCACGUUAUAUUGCUGUAGUGCUUGUACGUGCUUUAGAAAUGUGCAUAAUGCUACUCAUUUUAGUAUGUUACUUCUAUAUUGUUAUUGUUUAUUUUUUGAUCUUUUAAUAAAGUGUAUAAAAUUCUU